AUGGAUGGUGACGACUACAUACAGGAGGAGUUCGGCAGGCGAACCAUUGAGAUCGGCGGUCUCCGCGAUGUCCUCUUCGGCGAGAAGGACCGCGUGGCUGAGGCCAAGGAGCGCUACGAGUGCCUGCUCCAUGGCAUCAGCAAGACCAAGUCAGCGCUCAGCAUUCGGCAGUCCAAGGCCAACGAGCUGGAGGACCGGGCCGCCCUCGGCGAGGCGGGCCUGGAGGACGCCACCCGCGCGCUGGCCGCAGAUCGCAUCGCCGGUGUGGCGGAGGUGGCGCGGGUCCGCCAGGAGAUGGACGAGCGGGACCAGGCCGCCGUGAGGGCGCAGAGCGCUCUGCAGGAGGCGCGCAAGCUGGCCUCGGAGGCGGAGCUGGAGGAGACGGCCACGCGGGGCCGGCUGGAGGCCGUGGGGAGG